AUGGAGGAUGAUGAAGAUGAUGCGAGUGGCUGGCCAGAUUUGUAUGCCAGCCCGUUGGUAUAUCCUCCAUGGACGCACCCGGCGUUCGAGGAAGCCACACAGGCAGCACAUGCAGCACAUUUCCAGCAUAUCCAGCAACAGCAGGCUCGACAAUGGAAUCAGCAUCAUGGGCAAGCUCAACAGCAACCACAGCAGUCACACCAGUAUCAAAUUCAUCGCCAACAACAGUCAGAUCCGACCAUCCAGGCGGACACGCACUUCGGACUCGACCAAUCCUACUACCAACAGUUGGGAAAUCGGGAGCACAUGAAGCAGCCUGCGAGUAUCCCACAAGAGGUCAUGAAUCAAGGCUUUGUGAGACCAUCAGACAUUGGUCUAUCUCCUCGACACCACCAGGCAAAUUCACGGAGAAAUGCCACAUCGCACGGACAUGGCUAUACGCCAGCCGAUGCUAUGCAGGUUUCAAGGCCAGUGAAGACUCAGAGAGUUGUUCAGAGUUCCUCUGCUUCACAAAUAUCUUCAUUUCCGACUCCGCAGCCUGAGCGGACCAUCAUACAGGCAAAUAAGCCCCCACUCCCACGUCGUCCGUAUGGGGGUCAUCAAAACCAGGCCUGGCAUUCCGUGCAACCUACAAACCAUCCCGGGUCAGCUUCUACUUCUGCACCGCCUGAAGAACACCGACCCUUAUCCAUUGGAGCCACUGGGACUCACGCGAGAGGUUUAAACACGCCCACAGGUCGGACCUCACUUGGCUCUCAACUCACGAGCCAGACACAACCUCAUGCGACGAAGCCUUCUAUGGGAGUCUUUCACCAUCCAUCCCAGAAACCGGUGGUCCCCACUUCGUACUAUGUAAACUCAGGCCCACCUGUGCAUCGUAUCGCAAGUUUGGCACCAAACCCGCUACAUAAACCACCCUCACAGCCCCGGCAAAUAGCUCCUGGUCCAUCGGGUCACACUUCCCUUGAUAAAUAUUACAGGAUCUUCCGGAGAGUUGUGCCACCCACAGUAACUCAUGGGCUGCCUUCGGUGUUUCCCAAAAUUCAGUCCAAACAUUCAGGUAUUGGGCAGGCUCAACAGCCUCGAAGCUCGCCGGGCAUCACGCAAGGUCAACAGCCUCCAAAAAAGAUGCGGAAACUUGACGAUGGCACCAAUCAUACAAGCCGCCAAAUCAAAGGGAAUUAUGGGCCACGAACGAAGAAGGCAUCCUUGAAUCUGCUUCGGGGUCAAGUCAGCAUCGCUGAGCCCAUAAAAGUCGAUCAGAGGGACUUGAAAGAAAGCUAUGAUGUGGCGACAAUCGCUCGAGAUGUCAUGAUUGUUGCUGGAAAGCAUCCAUCUGAAAAGACUCUUAAUCAUCAUCUUUUUGUCAUUCACAAGUUGAUACCGGCUGUGGACUAUUCGGCAAACUUGGCGACACUUCGCUGGGAUGUUAUUGAUCCGCUCAUACAUUCAGAUCGCCAAUCACCACGUGACCCGCUGCCCCACAACCCUUCUACGCGUCCACCUGCCGAUACAAUGGACGCGACCGCAUCAUCAUUUCACUCUAAUCCUCUCCCACGCCAGCCUUCUCAGCUACCUUCCGUACCUCAGGAUAAUUCCUAUCAUCCCAAUCCUUCUUCAUCAAUUUCAGCUCCACCUCCACCUCCACCUCCACCUUCGGUACCUUGCUCCCGUGAGGCUACACCGGCCUCAACAAAACCUAAAGCAGCAACGGGGACGCCAAUCGGGACGCCAAUCGGGAAACCAAUCGGGAAACCAAUCGGGAAGCUAAACGAGACGCCAGUCGAGACUCUGAAGGUCGGGUUGAGCCCAUGUUCGCAGAAAAAGGAAUCCUCGGUGUCUCUGCAAUUUAAAUCACCUGGCAAAUUGGCACGAACCAGAGAAUAUUCCCAACCGCAAGUUGUCAUCUAUUCGUCCCCGCAGAAAAUGCCUCCUUUGAAAAGAAGAGUGGGCCGCCCUAAGAUUGUCGAUGCUAUGGAUGGAAUUACGGAUGACGCUGUGGAUCAGUCUAGUGAAGAAAAGGUCGAUAGCAGUUCCGUGGAAUCUUCAACCUCCAAAGAGCAACACAGGGAGUAUCCAGUAUUCAAGUGUCUUUGGGGGGAUUGUCAAAGAGAGCCUCACAGUCUUCUCUUGCUUCAGCGGCAUGUGCUGAAAUUCCAUGUCCCAAACGAUAUCUAUUGUCGCUGGGCCGGGUGCGAUGUCAAAACCGGAAUGUCAUUUGUGCCUAUGUGGUCCCAUAUGCGAGACAGCCAUAUCAAGGAUUACGCGUGGAGUCUGGGAGAUGGUCCUUCGGUGCCUUCACCUGGUGAUGAAUCAAAAUUGCCUAAGGUUGACCAGUUCGAUCUCUUUGAUCGGCAUGCGCGUGCAGGGACCGUGAUACUCCCUGCUGAUCCCAGCGUGGUUGACGCUUUCAGCCGAAGUCAUGGCAUCCACAACUCCAAGCAGAAGGCGGAUAUUGUCAAGAAUGGAGGAAUUCGCUGGAAGGAGACGGUUGGACCUGAUCUUGAUAUCUUCGAUCGCCCACUCUCCACCCCUGCACGUCAGGCUUCGAGUGACCUUACCGAGAGGGCAUGGACUCCAUCUGAUCCUGCACCAGUGUCCCCCGGGGACAACACUGCUACUAGCAGCGACGACUCUUGA